GUGUGCUUGAACAACUUCCGUUGUGUUGAUGCACAUAUUAAAGAGUAGACUUUCUAUAGUCUAAUAUAAAUAGAUCUAUAAUCUAGAGUAGAUCUAUUCUAUACAGUCUAAUGCUAGACUAGAUCUAGAAUCAGAUCUAUCAUUAAAAAGUUUUUAAAAAGCUUCAACUUAAAAAUGGGGAGAUUACGAUUUCAGUAUUGCAAAGUCAUUAUUGCCACAUCAAUGGUUUGGAUCAUGUUAGAUGUCUUUCUACUUAUGUAUUUCACUGACUGUACUAAUGGCCCACGAUGUAGCCCUCAAGAAGUUUUAGUAACUGCCAAGCCUAAACCAGGUUUUUUGCAUAAAAUAUUUCCUAAAGGUUUACUACCCAAUACUCAACCCAUGGGACCGGGAGAUGGAGGGAAGCCUGUAAAAGUACCAGCUGAUAAAGAAGAGGAGGCCAAAGAAACAUUUAAAAUCAAUCAGUUUAAUUUAGUGGCCAGUGACUUGAUGUCUCUCAAUAGAACUUUACCAGAUUAUAGAAUGGAGGAAUGUAAAAGAAAAAGUUAUCCUCCUGUUAAGUCAUUACCAAAAACAAGUAUUGUCAUUGUUUUUCACAAUGAGGCUUGGAGUACUUUACUACGCACAGUCCAAAGCAUAAUCAACAGGUCUCCACCAGAACUUUUGGAAGAGAUAUUAUUAGUGGAUGAUGCUAGUGAAAAGGAACAUUUAGGUAAAAAGCUUGAAGAUUAUGUUGCCACUUUAUCAGUUCCAGUGCAUGUCAUACGCACUGGCUCAAGAGUUGGAUUAAUACGAGCAAGGUUAAAAGGUGCUGACAUCUCCAAGGGUGAAGUGAUUACAUUUUUAGAUGCCCAUUGUGAGUGUACUGAAGGUUGGCUGGAACCACUGCUCACAGAGAUUUAUCAUGAUAGGACAGCAGUAGUUUGUCCAAUUAUAGAUGUUAUUAGUGAUGACACAUUUGAAUACAUCACUGGAUCAGACAUGACGUGGGGAGGCUUCAAUUGGAAACUUAAUUUUCGAUGGUACCAAGUGCCCCAGCGAGAGGUUGAUCGUAGAGGAGGUGAUCGUAGCCAGCCAACUAGGACACCUACAAUGGCUGGAGGCUUGUUUGCUAUAGAUAGAAAAUAUUUUUAUGAAAUGGGCUCCUAUGAUGAAGGAAUGGAUAUUUGGGGAGGAGAAAAUUUAGAAAUGUCUUUUAGAGUUUGGAUGUGUGGUGGUAAAAUUUACAUAGUUACUUGUUCAAGAGUUGGCCAUGUAUUCCGUAAAACAUCUCCCUAUUCUUGGCCUGGUGGAGUUGGUCGAAUUAUUAACCAUAACACUCAACGUAUUGUGGAAGUUUGGAUGGAUGAAUACAAAGACUUCUUCUAUAAAAUCAAUCCAGGGGUAAGAGCUACAGAAUAUGGUGAUGUCUCCAACAGAAAAGAGCUAAGAGAAAAAUUAAAGUGUAAAAGUUUUCGGUGGUAUUUAGAAAAUAUCUACCCAGAAUCUCAGUUACCUAUAGAUUAUCUUUCACUAGGCGAGGUAAAACAUAAAAGUAGCAGCUUGUGUUUAGAUACAAUGGGUCGUAAGAGUGGUGAAAAAGUUGGUAUGGAAAAAUGUCAUGGACAAGGUGGCAAUCAGGUUUUCUCCUUUACUGCCAAAGAAACUCUUCAAACAGAUGAUCUCUGUUUAGAUGUUUCAACAUUAGGUGGGCCUGUUAAAUUGUUUCAAUGUCAUGGCAUGGGAGGCAAUCAGCGAUGGCACUAUGACCUGGAGGUAUUUUGUCUGACUUUGAAGAAACAGCUGAUGACUGACGAUGACACAUGUGUUGGGGUGAAUGGCCAGAGAGUUGAGUUUGUCAAAUGUAGGGGACAAAACAAUGAAUGGGAAUAUAAUAAAGAGAGUAAAACUAUUCGUCAUAUCAAUACAGAUCAGUGUUUAGGAAAACCUAAUCCUAAAGAGAAAGAUGUACCAAGUUUAGGAAAGUGUACUGGAUCAGAUGAGCAACAAUGGCAUCUUGGUGGAUUAAAAGAAAGCAGACUGUGAUUCCCUUCCACAGACUUACACUAUGAAAUAAAUUAUGAUGCGUGCUUGUGUCUCAAUGAGGGAUAGUGUGUCCCUUACACAGAUUUGUUUGUACACUAACACUACAAUACAUUUUGUGUGUUUGAGUGUGAUUGAUGUAUAUUGUCACUUGUUUUACACUUACACAAUUGAAACAAAUGGCUCUAUACUGUCAUAUGUAGUGUUAUAGUGUAAUGCAUUUCUCUGUGGCAUCAUUAAGCUCACAGUGAUGUUUUGAAAGGAAACCUUCAUUCAUGCAUUGUAAAGGUCAGAAAUUGAAUGCUAUUUAUUUAGAAAUAGUUAUCCCCAUCUUAGCACUAGUUGGACACACAGAUAAGUUCUGUUUCUUUUCAUGGUGAAUUUCUUUGUGUUUCCAACGCCAAUUAUAAAUUAUAGUAUACCUGCUGUAACUGACAGUCCUCGUAUAUAAAAGUUACAAUUCAGCUAGUCUAACCAACAGUCCUGUGACUUUUUAAAAAGUUAACAAUUUUUAAAAAUUUGUCAUACAUUUUAGAUGACUAAUUUUUAUUGUAUCAUUUUUCAGUAGUAAUCUCAGUAAAAUGUAUUCUGAAGAUUUGAAUAUCUCUAGAAGUUCUAUAAAUUAUCUCCCUGCUCAUAUACACAGUUUUUUUAUCCUAUGUAUAAGUGCUAGACAGAUAUUUUAUCUAAUACACUAUUUUCAGCAACAACCAAUUAUAGGUUGUAAACAAAAAUUACAGUGAGUCUAGGUUACAUAUAAAGAAUAAAGGUAGCUCAGCUGACAAAACAUUGUUUUAUUGGCAAAAAUAUAUAUUGUUGCACCUAGAAAUUAAAUCAAAUUUGUACUUACAUUGAAAAAAGCAUAAACAGGUUGUAGCCUUUAUCAGGAAAAUAUGAAUGUAUUAAAAUGGAAGCAAAUCAAAUUUAACUUCAGGAGCAUCUUCUAGAUGUUCAAUUGAAACAAAGACAUGAAAAGACACACACAAAAAUUCAACUUGAAAUCAUUCAGAUAAAAGAAAAAUAAAUAAAGUUACAAAUUUGUACAAUAAAAUAACCCUGUAAAGAAAGAAAACAUUCAAACCUAAUUGUACUGCACUGGACAUAUACAUAUGAGCAAAACAAUCCAAUUGAACUUGAUAGCAGUUUCAGAUUCAAAAGCAAAAUAAAUUGGGUACAAAAGUCUAUCAGGAACUAGGAAAGAAAAUUUAACAAAUAAAUUUUACAGAAAAAUAACACACCACUGUGCUGCCACUGCUCCACACACCGUGGGAAUCGCUCGUCUCUCCGUCAUAUCUUUGAAAUUUGGUAAUGUAUUGGAAUCAAACAGGAUUAAUUAUUAUUCAUGAAAGUCCUUUGUAACUUUGAGCCGUUUAUUAUUAAACAGGCCUGUCAUUACAUGAGGACUCACUGUAGUUGGAAAUGGCUUUUCAACAACCAAAGAUGUACUCUAAUAAUGAAAAUGUGUUUAUACAUGACUGAGAUAAUUUGUAGUUCUGUUAGCUACAUGAGUUACAAAUGAUACUUAACAUUUUUCUAUUCAUUAUCUUGCUAUGUCAGUUUUUUUGGGGGGAUUGUGCAUCUAAGAAAAUUUAUAUUUUGUCUUGAAAUUUCUAAUGACAACAUAUUUUGUUUUCUAAUGUACUUUCAUGUUUUUAUCCAUUGAUUUGAAUGUUAGUUUCUUGAAUAUUUCAUACUUCAUAUUACAUUUUAUUUGGGAACCUUUGUAUGAAUUUAUCAGUGGCCAUAAUCCAAUACAUUUUUAAUGAAUAUUUUGAAGUCUAUUUCUUAGGCAUAUACAUUGGAUGGAUGAGAACACCUGUCUUACACUUGGACUGAUUGUCUAGUACUUAAUACUGUAUCACAAUCUGACUGACUUGGGUUUGACACUCUAUCCAAGUUUGUAUUGCUUUUUUUUUUUUUUUUUUUUUUGUUUGCUCUAUCUGACCUGAUGAUAGUUUUCAUUUAUGUUUGUCAUAUGCAGCUAAUGUCUGAUUUUUCGCUUAUUACUAAAUGUUAACACUGGAAUUUGUAUUCAAAUGUCAAUAUUUGUGUCAUUCCAAUUCAUUGUUAAGUCAACUUUAUGGCUCCACAGAGUUUGUGAUUAGAGCCCGUGGCAUUUAUCAUGCCAGGUAUAAACUGUUGCUCUCUUUGAACUAAUCUCAUUCUAGAAUUCCAAGACAUUCUUGGCACCAUAGCAAUAGUUUCUGAAAUACACAUCUAGGGGUAGCUCUCACAAAAAUGGCUUGCACUGGAAACAAAAAUUGACUAGAAAACAUAUGUGCACAACUUUAAUUUGUUUGGACUAGCAGUGAAGUAUGAAGUGUAUCUUAAUAGUUUCUAAUGAAUAUUGAAUUACUGUAGGUACUUUAUCACAGAUGUUGUAGCAAUAGGAUAGAAACAUUUCAAGAUUAUAUUAUUUCCUGUACUUAUACAUUUAAAGUAUUUCCUUUGAAUUGUUUGUGUCACCAACAGAAAAGCUAAAAACACAAUGACAACUUUCAUUCUUAGUUUGUCAUCUUCCAGUUUUAAAGCCAACAAACUUUUUUCCCAAUCAAUGAUUUAAAGAGACUGACAUUGAGAAGCAAGUUUGUCCUGCUAGUACCAAGUUUUUCCUCCAAAGGGAUAGUUGAGACUCAACCAGAGUUUGAAUUUCUUGAAACUCUGAGAAACAUACCAGACAUGUGUUGAAUGUGCAUAGCCAUUGAUGUCAUUGAUUUAUUUGUGAUCUCUGUAUUCUAUGAGAUAAAGUCUCUGUACAUACAUGUAAAUAGGACAUGGGCUACUUGUAAAUAGAUUGGCCAUUAUUUGUGUUCCUGUCCUAAGUUUGUAUGUUCAUGCUCAAAACUGUGCUCACUCACCUUAGUGAGAUCCUUUCAAUUCCUGUGCAAAAAAAUGUUUUAUUUUUAUUAUUUUAUUUAUUUAUUUAUUUUUCAUGUAUGAUCUAACACCGUCAUAUCCUAAGUAAAUCUCAUAUCCUAAGUAAAUCGUAGGAAAGUGUGAAAGGAAAACACCAAUGACUUUGUUGACCUAGUUAGACUACUUGAAUUACCUUUUGAUAUUUUUUUUCUCUUCUACUUCAAUGAUCUGUGUUUGAGUCAAAUCUCACAGACUGGAAUGUCAGUUUCACAUAAGGAAGAAUUACAAAUAGUUUACGUUUUAUUUAUUAGAAGAGAUGGGAACCGCUACCAGGUUAGGAAUUAGAGAUGAGAACGCUAUCAGGUUAGGAAUUAGAGAUGAGAACCGCUAUCGGGUUAGGAAUUAGAGAUGAGAACCGCUAUCAGGUUAGGAAUUAGAGAUGGGAACCGCUACCAGGUUAGGAAUUAGAGAUGAGAACCGCUAUCGGGUUAGGAAUUAGAGAUGAGAACCGCUAUUAGGUUAGGAAUUAGAGAUGGGAACCGCUACCAGGUUAGGAAUUAGAGAUGAGAACCGCUAUCAGGUUAGGAAUUAGAGAUGAGAACCGCUACCAGGUUAGGAAGACAUGAGAACCGCUAUCAGGUUAGGAAUUAGAGAUGAGAACCGCUACCAGGUUAGGAAGAGAUGAGAACCGCUACCAGGUUAGGAAUUAGAGAUGAGAACCGCUAUCAGGUUAGGAAUUAGAGAUGAGAACCGCUAUCAGGUUAGGAAUUAGAGAUGGGAACCGCUACCAGGUUAGGAAUUAGAGAUGAGAACCGCUACCAGGUUAGGAAUUAGAGAUGAGAACCGCUACCAGGUUAGGAAGAGAUGAGAACCGCUAUCAGGUUAGGAAUUAGAGAUAGAACCGCUAUCAGGUUAGGAAUUAGAGAUGAGAACCGCUAUCAGGUUAGGAAUUAGAGAUGAGAACCGCUAUCAGGUUAGGAAUUAGAGAUGAGAACCGCUAUCAGGUUAGGAAUUAGAGAUGAGAACCGCUAUCAGGUUAGGAAUUAGAGAUGAGAACCGCUACCAGGUUAGGAAUUAGAGAUGGGAACCGCUACCAGGUUAGGAAUUAGAGAUGGGAACCGCUACCAGGUUAGGAAUUAGAGAUGGAAACCGCUACCAGGUUAGGAAUUAGAGAUGGGAACCGCUACCAGGUUAGGAAUUAGAGAUGGGAACCGCUACCAGGUUAGGAAUUAGAGAUGGUUAUCGAACCCAACUUUUAAAGUUCAGGUUCAGUUCGAUGAUGAGUAUGGUUCGGUACGGUCCGGUCUAAAGUUCGGGUUCAGUUCGAUGUUAUGAAAUUAGGUACCCGGUAAUAGCAAAAUUAGGUCCAUGUAAUAAUGCUUCAUUCAAGUAUUAAUUAGAUAAAACAACGAUGUCUCUGUCUGUGGUUCAUUUUAAUUUCCAACACUAUGUCGCGGGCCACAGAACAAAAAAGAUUUUUAAAAAACAUAAACACUUUUAUUAGAAACCCUUGGAUAUAGUUUUUAAAAAGUUCCUCUUUCGGACUUUACAAUCUAUAGGGACAGAUGAUGUAAAGGUCAUUCGUGGUCCACAGUUAACUAGGUGUCAUGCCAACCAUCACAAGGACCAACCGCCUUGACUUUUCCCCCAACUAACGUCAGGUACCCAUUAGAACUUGGUGGACUCAGAGGCGACCUUAAGAUGAUAUUAAGAUCCCGAAAUUGAAAAGCUCAGUCUUCACCAGGAUUCUACCUGGGACCACUCGGAUCGCAAGCAAAGCGCUUUACCACUCGGCCACCGCGCCUCCCACUUGAAUAUAAUAUUUACUUUAAUUCAGGGGAUGUAGGAAGUUAACCACAAACCAACUUCUGAAGCUCCCACUGCAUUGAUGAGACACCAAGUUGAAGCACUGAAUCUAGAUGGUCUUCUGUGAGGCGAUUACACCAAAAUGGUUUUCGCCCCUUUCCUCCUGCUAAAUGAUAGUAUGUAAGCAUGAUUCAACUUCUUGCCACAGAGGUUCCGUUUGACCUGACAAUUUUUCUUAUAACUCUUGCUGUUAGUUCGCUAUGUCAUCUAGCCAUACUUCUGGCGCUAUCAGUAGUCACUUCCACUAAUUUCUCCCAAAGGAAAAAAGCCUCCUCCAUGAUGUUGGAAACUUCUUUUCACAGUUUCUCAUAGCAUACCGGUAUAACUUGUCUGUGAUAAAAAUGACUUUUCUUACUGCGAGAAAGUGGCAAGAGUUGAACGAUGUCACAUAUGUCGGCGCUAAUGGUAAACAUUUUCAGCUUUUCUGCUCUAUCUCUUAGUUUUUAAUUGAGCUUCCUAAUUGUCAUGCGAAAAAGAGUGGCGGAUUCAACUGCAUUCUUAUUUCCAUGACAUAUUUCCACUACUGAUAGUAACCCCUUCUAAAGUAUUCCCCGUAUGUUGAAAAAAAAAAAAAAAAGGUCUCAUUUCACUACGUACUUCCAAUGUGAGCCCAUCUGUACCCUGCCCUUACCGCCGACUCAUUGUCUUGUCCCUUCUUGGUCAAUUCUCUCAUCGUUUCUAAGCCAUUGUUUUCUUAGUGGCUCAAACUAAGAAUGCCGCCAUAUUUGUUUAUGUUUUUGAUUUCAUAAUGCUGUUUAAAGUUACGUUCUUUAAAAACAGCCACAAACAUCUCUAAUAGGUCUCACUACGGAUAGAGACGUACUACUCCCCAUUGCUUUGGUAUUAGACUCUUUCACUCGUAACUAACGUUUUGAUUUAACCCCAUUAAAUUAAUUUUUUUUUUUGGUUUAAUAAACUUUAAUUUGUGUUAUAUAAAAAGAGCAUGCAUUCUUCUAUAAUAAUAUACCUAAUAUAAAGUUCCCCUUUCAGACCUUGCGGUCUAUAUGGCAGAUGAUGUAGAGGUCAAGUUUCUGUGGCCUACGGUUAGCGAGGAUGUCAUGUGGCCAACACAACGACCAACAGCCUUUACUUUUCCCAUGUAAUGUCAGGUAUCCAUUAGAGUGGACUCAGUCGAGGCGCCAAAAUAUUCCGAUAUUAAAAAUCCCAGGAUUCGAAAGCGGUACCCCUGUUCGGAGGCCAAGUAAUUUAACUAAUUCUGAUACACACAAAUGAACAAGAUGAAUAAUUCCAUCGGAACGUGGGAAAUAAUUACGGAGAGAGUUAACAAAUUUUCUUUUCCUAACCAUUAGUCCAAUUUCAAAGGCUACUAAAACAAUGGACAAGGCGAUUUGAACUCAUUUUUAUUGUUAUUUAGGAAUGUUUGAGUACAGAGAAAAUGACUAAAAUGUUGAGUCUAAAAAAAAACAACAAAAAACUUUAUGAUUACCCCGUAGCCACCUUUAGACACGUUUUGUUUUAGUAGCACUAGGGAUUAAAGAUACAAUUAUGUUUCUAUAACAGUGGAUUGUUGUUGAAUCGUUGGCUCUGUUCCUGAUGUAGGCCUACUGUGUGGGUAUAGUUUUUGGUUUUCAACAAAAAAUGUUAGGAUGUUUUAUGGUUGUUCUAUUUGUUCAAUUGUAGAUCUACUGUACAUAAAACUUAUAGGUAGUAACUUGGGCCCAAAAUGGUAACAAUUCAUAUGACAAGUAGUUUCUUUCUAACUAUACCAGUUUGGAUAACAAAUCAUAAGACAAGCUGUUUCUUUCUAACUAAACCUGUCAGUACAAGUGUCACACUAUUUAGCUGAACUUAAAGGUUCACCAAACUUAAUAUUUACAUUUUGCUUCACUUUGAACAUUUAGGGUUCAUCUUAUACACUCAGCUUUCAAUCCGGUUUGUGUGCAUUUAAACUUCCAAUUGAUUGAAUGACUAGCCAGCAAUUUGUUGAACUUCUCCAACAGGUCCAAGUUUGUGGAGUGAUGCUCUGCUGGCUUGUUUCUAGAACGUCAAACUUGGUGUCCACUCUCGUCACUCAUUCAUAGAAAUGAAGUAUUUUCAUUUUCUACACUUCUAAUUCGAGCUUUUUCUAUAGCUUCAGUUGCUUUGUACUUUUCUAUGCAUUUGUUGGGAUUGACUGGACGUUCAAAAACUCUCGUGUUUCUUGCUUCUGAAACUCGAGCUGUAUAGUAGAACGUGAAGGAUUUAUUGCUUGGACAGAUACAGUCUUCUCAACAUGUUUUUAGUUUACACACACACACACGCGCGUGUUAUGGUUAAUUCCAGAUUUGUUAGCAAUUUGUGUCAGACCAAGAUUUGUUCUUUGAAAGUGUAAUAACCAAUGUGCACAUUAUUAACUCAUUGCCUGGCCAAAACAUCCUUCAAGCAUUUAGUCAUUAUGUUGUAAUAUUGCAAAUAUAGAAAUUUAUUUUCUUC